AUGAUGGCCAUGGACAAUCAGCCAUUCUCAAUCGCUGAAGACCAAGGCUUCAUUGAGUUACUAGCCCAUGUUCAACCAAAGUAUAUGAUACCAAGUCGAAGAUACUUCUCGGAUGUUAUGCUUCCUAAGACCUUCAAGGAGAUAAAAGCCCGCCUCUUAGCUCAACUGGAUGAAAUUCAUGCCCCACAUGUUUCAUUUACGUCUGAUAUUUGGACCAGUCAACAUUCAGUCGAAUCGUUUAUCUCGCUAACAGCGCACUGGGUCGACGAGGAAUUCCAACGUUGCAGCGGUGUUCUCAGCGCACAGCAUUUUCCUGGUUCUCACACUGGGGAAAAUAUUGAUCAAAUGGUCAGCAAGAUGAUGAGAGAGUGGGAGAUUUCUGAGGAGAGGCAGCACAUCCUUGUACGUGACGGGGCAUCUAAUAUGGCUUUGGGACUUCGUUUGGCAAAUGUAGCAAGUGUGCACUGUUUUCUUCAUAUUCUUGAUCUCGUAGUGAAAGAUUCCAUCUUCAGUCAGCGUACUAUUAUCGAUCUUUGUGCAAAGGUCCGUCGUAUUGCUACUCAUUUUAAUCAUUCAAGCCUGGCUCGCAAUGAACUGAAGAAUCUUCAAGCUGAGCAAGGAAUUAAUCUACCAUUAUUCCCAGUCCAAGAUGUUUCAACACGGUGGAACAGCACGUACCUUAUGCUUGAAAGAGCAUUGACUCUAAAGCGACCACUUCAGAUUUACACUGCUAACCACGAUGUCCCAGUUCUUAGCUUAAACGAAUGGAAUCUGUGUGAGAAAAUUCUGCGCAUACUUCAACCUUUCUUUGAGAUUACUAAGCAAGUUAGCUCUGAGAAGUCGACGCUAGGUGACGUUAUACCUCAUGUCGUUGCCCUUGAUCGACAUUUGUCGAAGCAUGGUCAUGAUAGUGGAGUGCAAACUACUAAAACUGAGAUAUGAAACGCCCUCCGACAACGGCUUCUUUCAUGCUUACCCAACAAAUUAAAUGUCAAAGAUGACAAGAAUUAUGUCAUCACAACGGUGGUUGAUCCACGCUACAAAUUAAAGUUCCUGAACAACAAGGAAUCUGCCAAGAAGUGGCUUCUAGAAGAGAUGCAACUUCAAGCAGCAGUUGCGCCAGCUAAUACCAAUACACACGCGGCAGACGAAGACAACAAUACCCAAGAGGCCGCUGGAUUGGCUGGAAAUAAGCCAAUCGAAGGAGAAACGGCUGCGAGACGAUGA